GCUCCAGCUCCUCCUCCAGCUCCAGCUCCAGCUCCAGCUCCUGCUCCUGCUCCAGUCCAGCCUUCAGCUCACACAGACGAGGACAUGAGGACCAUAGAGCGGCUCACUUCACUGGGUCUGCUGGCCUGGUUCUGCUGCCUGAGUGCGGAGCCCGUUCAGGGGGGGAAGGUCCUGGUUAUGCCUGUGGACGGGAGCCACUGGUUAAGCAUGAAGAUCCUGGUGAAGGAGCUGAGCCUCAGGGGACAUGAGGUGGUGGUGCUGGUGCCUGAAAGCAGCCUGUUGAUCCAAGGCUCGGACUCUUACAGGACUGAGGUGUUUACAGUGUCCUACAGCCAACAAGAACUGGAUGCAAACUUUAAUGAGCUCAGGAAGGGAAUAUUCGUCCCACCUAAAUCCACUGAUUUUCUUCUGGACAUACAGCGUUUGAUUGACUUCACCAACCUUCAGGUGAGAGGGUGUGAGAGUCUGCUGCACAAUGAGGCGCUGAUGAGUCGACUGAGAGCAGAGGGCUUCGACGUUCUGCUCACAGACCCCUUCCUCCCGUGUGGCUCCGUCCUGGCUCAUCUGUUUUCCAUUCCUGCCGUUUAUUUCCUCCGUGGACUUCCAUGUGGGUUGGACUUAAAGGCCAACCAGUGCCCCACUCCUCUGUCUUACAUUCCUAAGUUUUACUCUGGGAAUACACCUCAGAUGAACUUCCCACAAAGAGUCAAGAACGUGUUCUUUUCUUUUGUGGAGUCCUACUUGUGUAAACUGCUUUAUGCCAACUUUGAUUAUCUAGCCAGUAAAUAUUUAGAAGACGGUAUGACUUACAAGGAGCUCAUCAGCCACGGUGCCGUUUGGCUUCUUCGGUAUGACUUUACCUUCGAGUGGCCCAGGCCGCUCAUGCCCAACAUGGUUUUAAUCGGAGGUAUCAACUGUGCAAAGAAAGGCCCUCUGCCAGCGGACUUGGAGGAGUUUGUGAACGGUUCUGGAGAUGACGGCUUUAUCGUCUUUACUUUGGGUUCGAUGGUGUCCAACAUGCCUGACAAAAUAGCCAAACAGUUCUUCGAUGCCUUUCGACAAAUUCCUCAAAGGGUUGUGUGGAGAUACACUGGAGUUCCACCUACAGACGUACCGGAGAACGUCCGGCUCAUGAAGUGGUUACCUCAGAACGACCUCCUGGCUCAUCCCAAAGCUCAGAUCUUCUUCACUCAUGGAGGUACUCAUGGUGUGUAUGAGGGCAUCUGUAACGCUGUUCCCAUGGUGAUGUUCCCACUGUUUGGAGACCAGGGAGACAAUGUGCAUCGCAUGGUGGCCCGAGGAGUCGCAGAAAAGCUGAGUAUGCUGGAGGUGACCAGUGAAACGGUGGUGGCUACGAUAAGGAAGCUCAUCAACGACAAAAGUUACAAACAGAAGAUGGUGCAGUUGUCUCAGAUCCACCUGGACCGUCCUCUUCAGCCUUUGGACUUGGCUGUUUUCUGGACCGAGUUCGUCAUGAAACACAAAGGAGCUGCACAUCUGAGGGUGGCUGCUCAUGACCUGAACUGGAUCCAGUACCACAGCCUGGACGUCCUGGGCUUUUUAGCCCUGGUUCUGAUCACUGUUCUGGUUCUGACGCUAAAAUGCUGCUGGUUCUGCACCCGGAGCUGUUUCAGAAAGAGGACAGAGAAGAAGAAGACCCAGUAGUUCAUCUAAUGUGUGGGCGGCCACGGCUCUGCAGGGAAACCCAAGGGUUGGCGGUUCGAGUCCCGCUCUGUCCUAGUCAGUCUGUUGUGUCCUUGGGCAAGACACUUCACCCUCCAGUGUCACUCACACUGGUGUACGAAUGUGUAUGAAUGUUGAGUGGUGGGAGG